UCCGAGAAUUGAGCUGCUGUGUUUCUUAGAACUGGAUUCUCAGAACUGGUGAUGCACAGAGUUUCGAGGAAACUUUUACAAGAUUGUGACAGCAUGGCCACGACUGCAGAUGGCUGCAUUCAAUUUACACGCCAUGCAGGCGAUGUCCUGCUCAACUUCAACCGCCUCCGCAGCAGGAACAUCCUGACUGAUGUCACCAUACAGGUGGACGGACAACAGUUUCAUGCUCACAAGGCCAUCUUGGUGGCCUGCAGUGGCUUCUUUUAUUCUGUGUUCAUGGACCCCAAGAACGCAAACCUCAGUGCCAUCAGCUUAGACCCCAAAGUGGACCCUAAGGGUUUCUCCAUCCUGCUGGAUUUCAUGUACACGUCUUGUCUGGACCUUAAGGACAGUCUGGUCCUGGCCACCAUGAACACAGCCAUCUACCUCCAGAUGGAGCAUGUUGCUGACACCUGCCACAGGUUCAUCAAGUCCAGGCAUCAGAUUGAAGACGGACAGAACAACUCAUCACACCUGGCUGAGGAGAUCCCCGCUUUGAGGCCUGCUCAUGAGAAAGAGCCAGACGUUAGAAACGGCAACAUGUCAACCUCAUCCUCCCUCCAGGAUUGCAGGGGCUACAUCCCAAGUGUUUUCAGGGGCAUCAACACCUCUGGCUCCUAUCACGUCUAUGGCGACCUCCAUGUUCCUGCUGGGAAGCCGGAAGGUUCCCAUAAGGUCAACGACCUUCCAAGAGGAGGGGCUUUGUCCCGAUGCUCACAGGUACUCGGUGCCAGCACGGCUCACAAUGAGUCCACCACCAUCAUCUCCCACCCUGUGCCAUCCCACCCCAGUUUCCCCACCACUAUCAUCCGACCCGCAGGAGCCCACGGGAGCCUUCAAAGGCCGGUCUCUCCCAUGGAGGAAGACAGCAUUCAGCAUCCACAAACCAGCUGCCUGAGAUUGUCUCCAGGUUUUAGCAAAGGUGUGAUCUGCAGCCCUCAAAGCCCCCUCAGAUCUGACUGCCAGCCCAACUCACCCACCGAGUCCAACAGCAGCAGAAACGCCACACUGAGCCUCAGACAGACCUCGGACUGCCCCAACGACGCCAAGGCCCGCAACUGGAAGAAGUACAAGUUGAUCGUAAUGAACCAAACUCCUGAAGAUAAUGAAAAGGAGGUUCAGGGAGGCAGCGCUGAAGCUACAGCCAUGUCCCCCGCACUGAGCCCCUGCAGGAGUGGUGCAACAAAUGGACACAGCGAGGUGCAGGCAGAAGAGGGAGCCAGCGAGCAGAGAGAAGAAAUUCUCAUGUCUCAGAGUGUUGACAGCUGCAGCAGCAGCACCUGUAGCAGUAUCAGCUACCGCAGAUGUUCCUCCUGUGGCUGUGACAGCCCUCAGUGCAUAGAGAUGGGUCACCUUUCUCCUGAUUCAUACAUCCGAGACGACGCCACCAAACUACACUCAGAGUACUCCCCCUCCAGCUGUGAAAACAACAUCUACUUCUGCAACGGGUGUGACUCAAAGUUCACAGACGAAGAUUCCCUGAAAGAACACAUGGCCCAGGUGCACAGUGACAAGCCAUACAAGUGUGACUGCUGCCAGGCCGCCUUCCGCUACAAGGGCAACCUGGCCAGCCACAAGACCGUUCACACCGGCGCAAAGCCCUACCGCUGCAACAUCUGUGGCGCUCAGUUCAACCGGCCGGCCAACCUCAAGACCCAUACCCGCAUCCACUCUGGAGAAAAGCCAUACAAGUGUGAGACAUGUGGCUCUAGAUUUGUCCAGGUGGCCCAUCUCCGCGCCCACGUGUUAAUCCACACAGGAGAGAAGCCUUACCCUUGUGAGAUCUGUGGAACUCACUUCCGCCACCUUCAGACGCUCAAGAGCCACAUGCGUAUUCAUACCGGAGAGAAGCCUUAUCAUUGUGAAAAAUGUGACCUCCACUUCAGACACAAGAGUCAGCUGAGGCUUCAUCUGCGGCAGAAGCACGGUGCCGUUACCAACACCAAGGCUCAGUAUCGCAGGACGCCCAACAACAUCCCCACAGGCCUGGUGAACGCCUGCUGAGCCUGCUGUGUAUCGCUUGUUUUCCUUUAGCGUCGGCCGCCAUGUUGUCAAAAGAUUUUUAUUUUGUAUUGCCCUUUAUGCAUUUGUAAAUGAUGCACAUUUAUGUAAGCUCUUUGGUAUUUCAAAGAUUGUAGAGGUUUAUGCUUUUGUUGUGAAUGUCUAACAACAGAAUGUACAUUUUGAAUGUGAAUUUGAGCAUUUCGCUUUUUCGCAGAUCACUUAACAGAGUGUUAUCAUUGAAGGACAGUCCUCUUCCUCGCUCGGAUUGAGAAUCACUGUUACAGGUUUACUUUGGAUAUUGGCAUGUAUUAGCCCAGCGAUGUGGUCAGUUUAUGCAGUUAUUUUUCAUGCAGUUAUUGUUUGUAAAUAAGAUAAUAUAUAUUUUCAGAUUGCCAUCUGCUGGCAGAGUACGAAUAUAUUAAGUUUGUCGAUAACCCAAGGGCUUGUAAUUUUGCCAUUUCAUAGUUUGUGGUACGUAUUGUAAUAUGUACAGAUUAUCAUUCAUUUAAAAAAAAUGCUAUGUACAUAUUUUCUUUUUUUCAAUCAUUUCUAGCCUGUUGGUAUUUUGCACAUACUCAUAAUGCUGUAAUUCAUAUAUUUUCAUACUAUUCAUUCAAAUAUUUCUACUUAAUAUGUUCAUAACAUGUUGAAAUUGUUUGUUAGACGCCAUGCCCAGCACUUGCUAUUUUUUAUUUAUAUUCUUUUUUUUUCCUUUGCUAUAUUCUAUCACAUUUUGGUGCUGCAGUGAUCCCCAGACGGAUCAGUUGACUGUAUUUUAUCAAACCAUUAUGUAUUAUAGUGCACUCGUACCAACCAGUGUAUUAAUAGUGC